AUGGAAGAACAACUGGUAAAGAAGCUGCUCUCGCAUGAAGUACCCACUGGAAUGAGGCAAUGUGGACAAAAGAUAUUCAGCCCCAUAGAUUUCCCAAGAUAUUGGGAAGUUGGCGAUAAAGCUCUUGUGGAAAUGCUGGAUUAUCAUCCAAGAGAAAUGGACGCUGUUAUGAACGAAUCGUGGGAUCUUGUGAUUGCUGACGAACUAUUCUCUGUAGCUUCUUAUGCUCUUGCUAUGAAAGGCACAUGA